AUGGCUCGAGGUUAUCAGCUGAUCACCUACUGGAGUGCCCUGGAUCAGGAUGAUGGAGGCAAUCAGCCUGAGAUUAGAGACAGGGGCCAAAAGGAGAGGAAGCCUUCUGAGGGACAGAAAUUAUCAGCUGGAAGCUCAGGGUCUAGGUCUCACUGUUGGGGCAAAAUCAUAUGUUCCAUCAUUGCUGGGGGAUUGCAUUACCUAUACCUGGCUGCCUUCUCCUGGAUGUUCCUGGAAGGGAUGCACCUUUUCCUUACUGUCAGGAACCUCAAAGUUGCCAACUACACCAGUACAAGCCGAUUCAAGAAGAAAUUCAUGUACCCUUUUGGCUACGGAAUCCCAGCUGUGAUUGUGGCUGUGUCAGCAGGGAUUGGCCCCCAGGGCUAUGGGACAGAUGCCUAUUGCUGGUUGAAUCUACACAAAGGAUUUAUCUGGAGUUUCAUGGGACCGGUGUUUGUCAUCACCUUUGUGAGUCAAAAAACACAAAAGCCUUGUAUUUUCUUUUUGCUUUAAUCAGAAUGAGCUGAAAAUCAAAACAAAGUAUGAGGCAGUGGAAAUAUCACUGGAUUUAGUAUCACAAGACUGAGUUUCAAAUAGACUCUGCCGUUUACUUCCCAGGUGACACUGGGUAUUUUAAUUAAUCAUUAUAUAUGUAUAAAUACUUACCAUAUGCUUGGCAGUGUGUUAGGGGCUAGACAUACAAAGGCAAAAAGCACAGCCCCUGCCUGCUGUCAAGGGGUUUACAUUUUAAUAGGAUUGAUGUCAUGCAAUCAAAUCUGUACAUACAAGAAAUAUACAGGCUAAAUGGGAGGUCAUCUCAAGGAGAAGUCACCUUGCCCUUGGUAUACAUGGAGGAGACGGGGGGAAGUGGAAAAGAACUCUUUAAGAAGACGGGAUUUGAGCUGAAUCCAAUGAUCCUCAAAGAAUGAUCCAUAGAAAGAUGGCAUUUUUUCUUCUUUGAGGUCAAAGCAUUUUCAAAAUAAUAAAAAUGUUAUUUACCUAUUAAAAACUCAUCCCCUUUCCAAUUAAAUAUUGCUGAGGCAGGAUUUUCUUCAUAGAGUUUAACAUGUGUGUGUCACAACAGAUUGAAUGCAAAAGCAGGUAUGCAAAUCCAGAUGAUGUCUAUUAAGGCAGACAUUAAAUCAUUAGAGAUUUGAAAAUUUUAAAGGUAAAGCAAUGGCACUCACUUAAUUUUUAUUUUAGAAAACAAAUUUUAAAAAAUAAAAACAUGCUAUUUAUGUUAAUAUAGUGGGUUUAUUAUU